GAUACGGAAGUUACGUCAUUAUCUAUUUUAAUAACUUCACGCUUUCCUCUGCGAAUAGCUGCAUCUUAUCAAGGGCAUGCUUGAUAUUUUACCCAACCCAAAAUAACAACAUGGCCCUUGACAGCAAUGUAACACCAAACACACUACAGAGUAUUCCGGAAGAAGAUGCUGCCAUGUCCAGUAGUAUUGAGCAGAAGCCCCACUCAAUACCAUCAAAGAGAGUAGAAGAUGAGGACGACGCGGUUAUUGUAUUUGCACACAAGGACGGCAGUGAGGCUUUGAAAGUUGAAGAUGACUUGAGAAGGUUGAAACUGAAAAACGGAUUUCCCCCGAGACUAUGCUUAUACGAUUGCGAAAAAUUCAGUGGUUCGCUCAUCAAAUCGCCAGAUUUACUAGUUAAAAAUUGCAAACUCAUUUUUAUUCUAUUAACUAACAACUUCGAACAUGAUAAAAACUGCAAGUUUGUGCUUGAAGAAACACUGGCAGCAACCAGGUUAGAGAAAGACGAUUCGGAUGUGAAAAAAUACUGCGUGCGCGCACUCCACACACAACCCAGGAAGUGUCGCAAUUAUACAACACCAUGUGGGCUUAAGGCAAUUCGUUCGUUUGAUUUACAAAACGAAUAUGAUCGAGGAAAACUUCUGGAUUUGUUUAAUUACAACAGGGGUCUCCAAGAAACCGUUCAUUGCUCUGUCCAACAAGGAGAUCUGGACAAGGCGCCUAAAGAAGACCAAAGCCACUUGGACCUUGCGGAAACAAACCUUGUGAACGACUACACCACUAUGAGUGCACCCCCUAGUGCAAUGACAUAUGGUUCAAAACCACCAAAACAGACGCCACGUGCUCAUACAGACAGAAGGACGUUCAGCAAGGAAACGCCAAAUGAUAAUGAUAUCAAUCAGGGACCCGACAGUAUGGAGGCUCACUAUGGCAGCGAAUCUUUAAAGAAAGGGAUGUACACUGGCAUCGGUGAACCUUUAGAACCCAAGGAUGGCGUCCCAUUUAUUGAUGACACAAGCACCGUAAAUGAUCCAUGCCCCGAUCUUUCUUACAGUAUGGGAAGUUUGUGUAUGGACGGGAAACGGUCAGUGGUUCAGAGAAAUGGCUAUUGUAAAUCGCUGGCUCCACUAUUGGGAGAAACGGAUUUGGGUAAUUCUUUGGAAAGAGAUACGCGGGAUCCGACUGAUGGAGCUGCAUCUGGGCCUGAUCAGACACAUGUGCAGAGUGGAUGUCCCUCAGGUGAUGCAGCAGAUCAGGGCGGAAAUAAAACUGACAAAAGUGACACCAAUCAAAAAACGUCAGCUGGCACGGUCCCCGUAGGAUCCUUCGUUUGUUCACCAUCAUCUAAUGAGCCUGAGGGACAUUAUGUUAAUACUUCUAAUGCUCCAAAACCAGAAGAUGGGGAGAAAGCCGAAACAUCGUUCACCGGAGACUCGGAAGACAUCAAACCCCAAAAGACUUCGUCCAUCAGUACAAAUACCACCGACAUGGUGAGGGAGGUACAGCAGAGUAAGACACGUGAUCCAAAGAUACAGCGGUGCCCACAUGUUGGAUCUGCAUCGACAUUCCAGGGAGCAGAAUCCUCUCCACACUUAUCUUCUAUCAAGGAUGAGGUAUUUCCGACUUACGAAGGAACGGAACGGAAGCUGGGGGUAGCGGGGGCAUCUAAAGAAUUCCCAAUUGACUCCUCUUGUGCAUAUAUAACUGAGGGUGACACUAUCACACAGCCAGUGAUGAAGACAAAUGGGCCGGGUCAUCUUUUGGCUCCAUUGUGUUCAUCUCCUUCCAGUGAAGAUACAGUGUUGUUUGGACCUCAUAGUACAAAAGGUGACGACCACAACCCUCCAAAGCCAUCUGCUCAAGAAGAACCUAGACAUGAACCACGAUCCCAAUUGCCACAUGCUGAUGAUGUCAUGGAUCACAUUGUGCCAGCUGAACGGUUUGGUGGAACCCCUAGCUCAGCAACAUAUGUCUUCAUCAAUCACAGCUCUCACAUUGAACUCAGUGGAGACAUUCAUCUGGUCAACGUGAACGCAAAGACAGAGUUCAAAGAGGGAAACAACAGUGACAAACCUUCUAGUCAGCCGAGGACAAAAAAGAAAAAACAUGGCAAAAAACUCCUGACGUCAGGUUUUGAACAAACAGGUUCAAGUGGAAGUUCCAAAUCUUCAAGCCCCUCUUCCACCCUGAAGAUGAGCAGUAUUGAGAUGCCACCUAGCACUUCCCCUGAAACGGCCUCAGUUUGUGAGGUGACCCUGGGAUCAGAGCUUGUGGAAUCUAAAGGGGUUGCUGAAGAACCCUUGCCACGCCAGAGAGAUUUGAUGGAAGCAGAAGAGGAUGCUGAUGAACCCUCAGCUCUGGACACUAGGGAGAUGAAGAAAGGGGACAAGAGUUCAGAUUUGUGUUUAUCAGAGACUGGUUGUGGAGAAGAUUGUGCCGAUGACAAGUCAGAUUCGUCAGAGGAUGUGAUGAAACAGAAAUCAAAGAGAAAAAACACAUGCUUCCCAUUUUCUUUAAAGAGAUGGAGGAAGAAGAAGAAAUAGUGCUGAACAUUGACCUACAUACAGUCAAUCGUUUAGAUAAGCGUCAAUGAAAUCCUUUCCAAGUCUAGAUUUAUGUUCCCCAUAGACCAUGCUUCUUGCCGUCUGUCUCUUUGUAGGGAUUCUGGGUAAGAAUAUAGAUCCCAAUCAAAAUUGGGUUGUCGGGAUCACUGACUUUGUUGAGUUUACGUCAUAUCAAACUUGCUUGGAUCGAUGUUCAUGAUGUCAAUCACUGGCUCGUCUCGUCUCGUCUAGAGAUUAUUUACAAACUGCCACCUCAUAGCUGGAAUAUUGAUGCGUUAAACAACAAACAAGAAUAUCAGACAGUGGUUGAAGUAUUAUCCUGCAGAAGGGAUGCUGUAUGAGAUGGGAACUGGGUGUAUCCUUCAAGUACUGUAUUCGACAUAAUAAGCGCCCAGGGCGCUCUCAAAAUUAGAAAAAGGGGGAUCUUAUUAGAAUAUUAUUUUAGUGAAAAAUAACAGAGUUGAAACAUCGUAAAUUACGUGGUUUAUGCUGACAGCCUGAAAUGUUUAUAUAUUUUUCCAGAAUUGAAUUGCCCAUAAUUAAGGAUGCAUAUAACACACAUGUUAUACAAGAAUAAAUAAUUCUUGUGUACAUUGAUCAAUCGGAAGGGGUGCUAAUUUGGCUUGUUCACUAGCCAAUGUAUAUAUUAGCAAAUAUCGCUGUGGGUGCUUAUUAUUACGUCGAAUACGGUAAAUUCAAAAUGAGGGGGCACAGGUUCUCUGAUCAUCUAAGGUGCCACAAUUCACUGAGCACCAUUGCAUCUCUGAGGCAAGCCAGAAUUUUAUUGUCAUUGGUUUGAAUCUCAUAUUAUCCGUUUUCUUGUUUGU